CGGGCGGCUAACUGGCUAGCUCAGGGGCUAGCGAGUAGAAAUGAAUAUAUAUCCGAAAUAGAGUUUUUGUGCUUUUUCACAGGCUGCAAGAGAAUUGAAAUUUUGUCCACGCACUCGUGAGGUGCACAGCCACGCAACGCAUCUACGAUGGGCCAACGAAGGAGAGCGGCAGCUUCAUCUCACAGAGUCUUUGGGGCUCCUGCAGAGGUCGCUGGGGCACCAAGCAGGAAGCACAAAAUCUGCAUGGUGUCGGACUUCUUCUAUCCAAACAUGGGCGGAGUAGAGAGUCACAUUUACCAGCUCUCCCAGUGUUUGAUUGAAAAGGGACACAAGGUGGUAAUUGUCACCCACGCCUAUGGCAGGAGGAAGGGUGUUAGGUACCUGACCAACGGACUGAAGGUCUACUACCUCCCCCUGCAGGUGAUGUACAACCAGUCCACAGCCACCACCUGCUUUCACAGUCUCCCACUGAUGCGCUGCGUGUUUGUAAGGGAACGCAUCACUGUGGUGCAUGCACACAGCUCGUUCUCCGCCAUGGCUCAUGACGCACUGUUCCACGCCAAGACUAUGGGCCUUAACACGGUGUUCACUGACCACUCACUCUUCGGCUUCGCUGAUGUGAGCUCAGUUUUGACCAACAAGCUUCUGACGGUGUCGCUGUGUGACACCAACCACACUGUGUGUGUGUCGUACACCAGUAAGGAGAACACGGUGCUCCGUGCAGCUCUCAACCCAGAGAUAGUGUCUGUUAUUCCAAACGCUGUCGACCCUGCAGACUUCACCCCCGACCCCUCCCAGCGCCAAGACGACAGGAUCACUAUAGUUGUCAUCAGCCGUCUUGUCUACCGAAAAGGAAUUGAUCUUCUUGGUGGAAUAAUCCCAGAGCUUUGCCUCAAACAUCCAGAUUUGCACUUCCUAAUCGGUGGAGAGGGACCGAAGAGGCUCGUACUGGAGGAAGUGAGAGAGAAAUACCAACUACAUGACAGGGUGCGUCUGCUGGGGGCUUUGGAGCAUAAAGAUGUCCGUGGAGUUCUGGUGCAGGGUCACAUUUUCCUCAACACGUCUCUGACUGAAGCGUUCUGUAUGGCUAUCGUGGAAGGAGCCAGCUGUGGACUACAGGUGGUUAGCACUCGUGUCGGGGGCAUUCCCGAGGUGUUGCCUGAGGACCUGAUUACCAUGUGUGAGCCUACUGUGCGGGCGUUGUGUGCUGGUCUGGAGACGGUUAUCGCCCGUCAGCGGUCAGGAUCUGUCCCCUCCCCUGCGUCUAUCCACGCACGUGUGCAAAACCUCUACACCUGGAGAAACGUUGCUGAGAGGACUGAAAAGGUGUACGACCGAGUGGCCCGAGAGGAGGUGCUCCCCCUGGACAGACGGUUACGGAGGCUGAGGGCUCACUGUGGCCCCGUGGCUGGCUCCAUCUUUGCAUUUGUUGCUGUUUUAGACUUCCUCUUUCUGCUGCUCCUGCAGUGGUUGGUGCCAGAUCGGGUCAUGGAUGUUGCGGUGGACGCCUCAGGUCCUCACGGACUAUGGAGGCAGGGACCGAGCAGUGAAGUCGGAGCUCAUUUGAAAGGUGAUGUGAAGCAAAAAGUGAUAGAACCAGAAAUGUCGACAUAGCAGUCAGUCCAUGUCUCUGCCUUGCCUCCAGGUGCUUACGUUGUGUGAUAUGUGCUACUCUGGUAUUAACGUGUCUCGGGUGAUCACAAGUGGACAGCUCUAAGUCUGUCUGUUCACAGAUAGCAAUAGAGUGCGUCUCCAAAUACUUCUCGUCUGAGUGCUUGUGAUCGACUCUCACUUCACAGCUCUAAAUGGAAAUAAAGACCUAAAUCAUUUCCAUUUGCAAAGACCAAAUGCUUUGUUUUAUGUGGUUUGAGAUUUACCAGUGAAAUCUUAUUUAUUGAUAUUGAUUUGCAGGUCCUCGUUAACCCGCUCUCUCUGUUUAUCAUGAGAUGAGAGGUGAAACCACUCUGUCCCCCCUUUCCACGAUAUGAUGUUAUAUAAAGAAUGGCAAGGCGGCAUAACGGCGCCAUAUUCCCGCCACGAAAAGGCAGACACAUUGGGUGUAUUCACACCUGUGCUUAGAGCUGUCCUCUUUUUGAUCCGAACACCCAAGACACAUGUUAAUACCAGGUGUAAACCGCCUUUGUGGUGCCGACUCACAUUUGAAACAUGGCUACUGAAAAGGGCUGCAACUAACGAUAACUUUCACAGUUGAUUAAUCUGUUAUAUGAUGCCCAAAUUUGUUGUUUUGACCACGCCCUAAAGAUAUUUAAUUUACUGUCAUAGAGGAGAAAAGAAAACAUUAAGUAUUUACAUUGAAGAUGUUGGAAUCAGGGAAUUUAUUUUCUUUUUCCUUAAAAAAAAUCACACACCGAUGAAUUUGUAAUCAAACUAGGUGGCAAUGAAUUUAACAGUUGUCAACUAAUCGGUUAAUCGUUGUGAAUCUACUACUGAAUGAUGAAUGUGCUCAUGGUAACGCAGACAUUGUUUACAUGAACUUAUCAAAAGGGACCUUGUGUGAAAGCAUUUAAUCUACGACUAUGAUGCAGCAUUUUUAUAUACAUAUAUUUAAUGAUAAAAAUGGAAACCUGUGGCACUCCUCAGCGCUUUGAUAAGCACUUUCUUUACUCAGUA